GAGAUGUCAGAGAGCCCUCGGUGUCCAGAAAGAAGCCCGGGCAGUCCUGGGCCCCGCGGGGCGGGUAAGUUGUUGUGGGCACUGUGUCCGUGCGGAGCUGCUGGGAAAGAGGCUGUGUGGUGCGGUGGUGUUCCGAACGGAGGCCAGCGGUCUGCGGGAAAUCGAGAGUCGGAGAGAGUCCACCUGGAGCGACCAAAUCAGUGGGGGAAGGGCCGCGCCUGACGUGUGGGGGCCACAGAUGGCGACUGUCAAAAGGAAAUAGAAUCAUGGCAGCAGAUGAUGACAAUGGUGAUGGAACCAGUUUAUUUGAUGCCUUUUCUGCUUCUCCUCUUAAAAAUAAUGAUGAAGGCUCAUUGGACAUAUAUGCUGGGUUGGACAGUGCUGUUUCUGACAGUGCUUCCAAAUCCUGUGUACCAUCCAGAAAUUGCUUGGAUUUAUAUGAAGAGAUCCUGACUGAAGAAGGAACUGCAAAAGAGGCAACAUAUAAUGAUUUACAGGUAGAAUAUGGAAAAUGUCAGCAACAGAUGAAAGAGCUAAUGAAAAAGUUUAAGGAAAUACAGACACAGAAUUUCAGCUUAAAAAAUGAAAACCAGUCUCUUAAGAAGAAUAUUUCAGCACUUAUCAAAACUGCCAGGGUGGAAAUAAACCGUAAAGAUGAAGAAAUAAGUAAUCUUCACCAAAGAUUGUCUGAAUUCCCACAUUUUCGAAAUAAUCAUAAAUCUGCAAGGACUUCAUCAGAUGCAAUUAAAGCAAAAGAUCUUAAAUCUAAGUCUCCUCAUUUGGAUGAUUGUUCAAAGACUGAUCACAGAACUAAAAGUGAUGUUUAUAAAGAUGUACAUCAUAGUGCUUCACUGCCAAAUCUAGAAAAAGAAGGAAAACCACAUUCUGAUAAAAAGAACACUUAUUUGCCUACAUCUCUGGAGAAGCAUUGCACCAAUGGCAUUUGGUCACGCCCCCAUUAUCAGGGUGGUGAAGGUAGCUCAAAUGAGGAUAAUAGAAGAGGAAGAAAAGAUACUAAACAUAGCCAGCACAGCAAAGGAACUGAUCGAAUACGAAAAGACUCGAGUAUUAGCUGUGGUGAUAGUGAACCAAGAAACAUAGAGGGUAAUCAAAGACUACAAGGACGUCCUGAGAAACAUGGUAAAGGUGAACCAAAGGCUGAAAGCAGAAGUUCAAAGUUUAAAAGUAACACAGAUUUGGAUUAUAAAAGUGAACGUAGCAGCUAUUCUUGGGAUAAAGAAACUUUGCGAGAAAGGUCACAUACUCGAGUAGAAUCUCAAAAUGACAAAAAACUGGAAAGACAAAAUGAGAGAUCACAAAAUAUAAAUAGAAAGGAACUUAAAUCACAAGACAAAGAGGAAAGAAAAGCUGAUCAGAAACCUAAAUCAGUAGUGAAGGACCAGGAUCCCUGGAGAAGAUCUGAGCGAGAAUCACUGAAUCACUUCAAGAAAUCUCAUAAUUUAGAUAAACACCAUCUAGAAGAGAGAAGAGGAAGGGAAGAUUGCAAGAGAGACAGGAUUGUAAGCAAUCAUAGUUUUCAAGAUGGAAGAUCUUCAUCUUCUCUUUCAAGUAGAACUCACAAACGUAUUGACUCUAAAGAAGUAGAUGCUGGGCACCAAUGGGAAAAUACACCAUUAAAAGCAGAAAGGCACAGAACUGAAGAUAAGAGGAAAAGAGAACGAGAAAGCAAAGAAGAAAAUAGGCAUAUGAAAACUGAAAAAAAAUUACCUGUAGAAUAUUUGCAGAAAAUUAAUAAAGAAGCCAAGAAAACCACUACUGAUUUAAAGAGACAAAACGAGCCAAAAAAUGACAAAUGUGAAGCCUCUGAUAAUGAAGUUUCUGAAGUAGAUAAGAAAACUGCAGUGAAAGCUGAGAGUGGUCCAAGUGACACAAAAAGCAAAGACUUAAAGCUAAGUUUUAUGGAAAAAUUGAACUUAACUCUUUCCCCUGCUAAAAAGCAGCCUAUUUCUCAGGAUAAUCAACAUAAAAUAACUGAUUCUCCCAAGUCCAAUAAUGUAUGUGAUUUGGAAUCCUCAGUGCAUGCUAAAACAGUGUUGUGUGUUAAUUCUGUCAGUGAACAUGUCACAGAGGAAACCAAAUCAAAGUUGUUGAAACCAAAGGAUGUUCUCCCAGCGGCAUCUGAAUCUAAGAUCGAUGUUUCAGGAAGCCAAAUGGAAGAAGAUAAUAGUUUGUUAGUUAAAUCUGUUGAGAGUACUAUGCAUUUUGAAUUGCCUACUGGUACAGAGACAUCCUCAGCAGCUGUAGAAAUGGAAAAAACAGAUUCCUUGUUCCCAUCAAGAGAAAUGGAACAAACAAGAGCAGCAGCCUCUGUGGUAAUGGAUGUAUUACAAACUGAUGCUUCUCAAAACUUUAGCAUGGAAUUGGAUACCAAAAAAAAUGAUAAUUUAAAUUCUAGUGGUGUUUCUGAAGAUGUGGAAAUGAAGUUGACUCUUGUAACAAAAGUGACUGAAAACAGUGAAAGCAUUUUGCAGCCUUCAAUUGAAGAAGCUAGCAUUUUGCCAAUAAUCCUUUCAGAACAUGGUAACUCAAAAUUUGAGCCUUCUCUUGUAGACGAUACACCACUGACUGAAAGUAAGUCUUGUCAUUUGGAGUCUUGCUUACCUAAAGAGACUCUAGAACCUUCACUUCAGCAGACUGAAUUAAUGGACCAGAAAGUGGAAAUUGGUGAAACAAAUUCAAUAUAUCAUGAUGAUGAGAACUCCGUUUUGAGCAUUGACUUCAAUCAUCUGAGACCUAUUCCAGAAGCCAUCAGUCCUCUGAAUAGUCCAGUGAGACCUAUAGCAAAAGUUCUUAGAAUGGAAAGCCCCUCUCGAGUUCCAUUGUGUAAUAACAGUCAUAAAGAUGUGUUUCCACCAAAUUCAGUUCAUUCUAUCUCCAGGUCAGAUCUCAAUAAGGAAAAUCAAAAGCCAUUCUAUAAAGCUGACAAAUGUACAGAAGCAGAUUCCUGUAAGGAUUCAUCUUUAGAUGAAUUAGAAGAAGGAGAAAUUAUAAGUGACAAUGAAAAAUCUGAACCACAAAAAAAUUUUGAAAAAAGUGCCAAACCUAGAGCAUCUGCUGAAGUGCGGAACACAAAGACUAGUCCACCAAGUAGGAAAAGUUCUAUGUGCUUGGAUAAGGAUAAUAGGAAAACAUCUGUAAAAAUCCAUCAGACCAGCAGCAAAUGGAAUAAAAGACCAAGGGAAUCUAACAGAUAUUCAAAAACAGAGAAGAAAGAUAAAACAAUGAGUACUUCCUGCUUGGAAAAAAUAGUUCAAAUUGUUGCUGCACCCUCUUCUGUUCGAGAGAUUAUGCACAUGUUAAGAAUGAUAAGAAAACAUGUGAGGAAAAAUUACAUGAAAUUCAAGAUAAAAUUUUCAUUAAGACAAUUUCAUAGAAUUAUUGAGUCAGCAAUUUUGAGUUUUACAUCACUAAUUAAACAUCUUGACUUAUCCAAAAUCUCUAAGUCAGUGACUACUUUACAGAAGAAUCUCUGUGAUGUUAUAGAAUCUAAACUUAAGCAAGUUAAAAAGAAUGGAAUAGUUGACCGUUUAUUUGAACAGCAACUAUCAGAUAUGAAAAAAAAAUUGUGGAAGUUUGUAGAUGAACAACUUGAUUAUUUAUUUGCAAAACUUAAGAAAAUCUUAGUAAAGUUUUGUGAUUCCAUUAAUUUUGGAAGUGACAGUGAUGAAGGAAAACUUGAUAAAAGAAGUAAAGAGAAAGUACGAUAUUCAAAUUGUGAGAACGGUCAUGUGGACAACUCCAACAAAGAAAUGCUAAAAGAAAAAUUGCCAAAACCAGGAGACUCUGUUCACUUGAAGUCUUUAUUGGAAAGUGAAAAACCUGAGGAAAAAUGUCAAGACCAAAAUAACUCCAAUAUCAAUGCAAUAAAGCAUGAUAUUAAAAAAAGUUCUAAUAGCUGCUUUGAUACUAUCAAGAACUUUCAACCUGGAGAGCAUGCUUUGGAACUAGACUGUCCAAGUAUCCCAAAGCUGGGAAAAGCUGAAGGCAGCACCAUGGAGGAAGCACAAACAUCCCAACAUGCAGCUUUGAAGCCAGAACGAAGUUUUGAGAUUCUUACUGAACAGCAAGCAUCUAGCCUUACUUUUAAUUUAGUGAGUGAUGCACAGAUGGGUGAAAUAUUUAAGAGUUUAUUGCAAGGUUCUGAUCUUUUGGACAACAGUGUUAAUUGUACUGAAAAAACUGAGUGGGAGUUAAAGACUCCAGAGAAACAGUUGCUAGAGAGCCUUAAGGGUGAGUCUAUACCAGCUUGUACAACAGAAGAGCUGGCUUCAGAGGUGGCUUCUCCAUGUCCUAAAAUAAUUAGUGAUGAUAAUUGGUCAUUAUUGUCUGACAAAGGUCCAUCUCUGUCUUCAGGACUUUCAUUGCCAGUUCAUCCUGAUGUGUUGGAUGAAAGUUGUAUGUUUGAAGUGUCUACUAACAUGGCCUUAAGUAAAGAUAAUGUGUGUAGUUCAGAAAAGAGCAAACCCUGCAUUUCUUCCAUACUUCUUGAAGAUCUAGCAGUAUCUUUGACAGUACCAUCACCUCUGAAGUCAGAUGGUCAUCUCAGUUUCUUAAAGCCUGAAGGUUUGUCUAAUUCAACUCCUGAAGAAGUUAUUAGUGCCCAUUUUAGUGAAGAUGCCUUAUUGGAGGAAGAAGAUGCCUCUGAACAAGAUAUUCAUUUAGCUCUGGAAUCUGAUAAUUCAAGCAGUAAAUCUAGUUGUUCUUCAUCAUGGACAAGCCGGUCUGUUGCUCCAGGAUUUCAGUACCACCCUAAUCUACCUAUGCAUGCUGUGAUAAUGGAAAAGUCCAAUGAUCAUUUCAUUGUGAAAAUACGACGUGCAACGCCAUCCACGUCUGCUGGUCUUAAACAGAGUGUGGUAACUGAUGAGUCAUUGGCAUCUUUGUCCAGCAUUGGGAAGGAAGCUGAUGAAGCAGCAAAGAAAGAAUAUGUUUCAUGUCAGAACACAGUUACCAAACCUGUGGAUGAAUUAGAAAAUUCUAACAAAAUUGUCAAUGGCAAUAAAUCAGGUCCUGAAGAACAGAACUCUAUGGUACAACCACAGGUUCCUGAUAUAUAUGAAUUUCUUAAAGAUGCUUCAGGUAAGGCAGGUGACAGUGAUGAAGUGACUGAUGAAUGUUUCAAGUUACAUCAAGUAUGGGAACCAAAAGUGCCUGAAAGCAUUGAAGAACUGCCUUCUCUAGAAGAAAUUCCACACUCUGUUGAGGAUCGUCUUCCAGACACAUACAUAGACCUAACGAAAGUUCCAAUUACUGAGACCAAAAACUUGGGGGAACUGAUGGAAGUAACAGUUUUAAAUAUUGAUCAGUUGAGAUGUUCUGGAAACAGUUUAAAUCAAAAUGCUCACAGCUUAGGUAAUUCUGUGCAAUCUGAUAAUGUGGGUGCUUUUAUUGAUUUGACACAAGAUGCUUCAAGUGAGAGUAAAAAUGAAAGUAACCAUUCUGCAUUAGCUGUUGAAGGAUUGGGAUGUCAGGUGAUAUGUGUAGAUGAAGAUAAGUAUACGGAAGAAAAGGUGCAAAUGGAAAGCAAGCCUUCGAAAUGCAUUACUGAGAAAGCCUAUAUUGAUUUGACCACCGAAUCUCCUGUUUCUUGUGAAGUAAAAGAUGAUUUAAAAUCAGAGUCAGCAUCAAAUUCUGGGAAUCCAGAGUUGCCUGGGACUUUGGAUAAUGCUCACAAAAAGAGAAAAAACCUUUCUGAACUAAAUCAGUCUUCUCAGAAAAAACAAAGAAAGGAAACAGAUGUAACUAGUAGGGAACAGACCAAGAAACUUAUUCAAGAGAAUGGUGAAGCUUACCGAAAGAAAGCCAAUAAGAAAAGGGCCUCUGUAGUGAAUAAAGAUCCCACAGGAAUUAAAGAUUCGGCAGCAGCACUCAACGCUUCUACAAGUCUUUCUGCAAGGAAUGUUAUUAAAAAGAAGGGAGAAAUUAUAGUUUCAUGGACAAGAAAUGAUGACCGGGAAAUUUUAUUGGAGUGUCAAAAAAACGGGCCAUCUUUGAAAACGUUUACAAAUUUAGCUGUCAAGCUGAAUAAAAAUCUAAAUCAGGUCUCAGAAAGAUUCCAGCAGCUAAUGAAGCUCUUUGAAAAAUCAAAAUGCAGGUAG